GGCUGGGAGGAGAGACGUUCAACUGCAUUCCUCUUCUCUCCUAGUAAAGCAGCGAAUGAACAGGGUGAGAGUGGGGAACAACCCAUCCUAGAAGUGUGCCGUACAGUCUGACUUUCAGUUUUUCACACUUCAAUUUGUUUGAAACAGCACACUGGAGGGGGUGUGAACAUCAACAAAACUCAAGCGCUCCGACAGAAGAAGGUCCCUGGCUUUGACAGUUCCACAGGGACACCAUGAAGUCCCAGAAGGAUCCUCAGGAGGGACUUUCAGCCCUGGCCAAGAUGACAGGACCCAGCUCCUGGUCCCGGGUCAGCUGCCCCUGCUGUAUCUCCAGCCACAUUGAGCCUUUGGUUCUGAUCCAGCUGGCUGAGAACAUCCAGCCUAUCACCAAACAGUGGAUCAUGUCUGUGAUAUCUGCACCUGUGAAGGCUGGAGGGGCUCAAUUGUUAGUUCACCCCGGUGAGGACAUGAAAGGAGACAUGAUAGUUGUGGCGGCCCCCCGCUGUACCCUUCUCAGAGUGACUGAGGACCUGGGCCUCUGCAAAACCUACCAGGAUGGAAACAUGACGGCCUUCUCCUUUGAGGACCGUGACAACUUUUGCAACAUUGACAACAUGCAGCAAUUCCUGACGCUGGCCGAAAGGCAGUACAUCAUCAAACAUGAACUGGAUUCCAUGAGAGCCAUGGAGGACCAGCGUAUCCCAGGAAUCCCAGCACCCAAAGGGAAGCUGAAAGCCAGAGAGAGCAUCUUACAGAAGCUGGAGAAAGCAGGCGUGAUUCGUAACAUCACCCCUCUUCAUGAGCAGAAGCUGCUGUCGGCUCUGGGGAAGCAGUGGUACUCUCACAAGAGUCUGUGGGGGCAGCCUUUAGGUACAAACACACACACAUUCACAUCACAUAACAUAACUAAACAUGCCUCCCCAUCAGGGAACCCUCUCGUUUGUGCAAACUUCUCCAAUGGAAAUAAAACUGACAGCGAGCCGACACUGCCGAAGCAUGACGAUGACCAGCCUUCAGUCAGCUCCUACAUGGUGCAGGCAGUCUUCAGCAUGCUGUGGUCCACGGUAUUCAUGGAGCUGUGGAAGAGGAGGAGCGCAGCUUUAUCCUAUCGCUGGGGCACUUUCAAUUUAGCUGAACAAUUUCAAGAGCCCCGACCGGGUUUCCAUGGAGAACUCGGCACCAAUCCGGUCACGGGCAGACUGGAGCCGCUGUUUCCCGAAUGGAAGAGGAGGCUUAGGAUAGGUCUGGUGUCAUUGCCUGUGGUCGGGGUGUUUUUGGGUCUGGUGGUCAUGGGGAUGGCAGGUUUCUACUUCUUUGAGCGCCUGGUCUCAAACUGGCACAAAGCAUCUGGAUCAUACUUCACAGCAGCCUUGCUAUAUCUCCCUUCUAUAGGCCAUAUUGUCUACACUAAUGUGCUGGGGAAUAUAUAUCGCAACGUGGCCUUGCAGCUAACAGAAGCAGAAAAUCAUAGGGAGGAAUCAUCUUUUGACUAUCAUCAUACCACCAAAGUCCUUGUGUUCACCUUUUUUAAUAACUUUGCUGUGCUGUUCCACAUUGCCUUCUUCAAGGAGGACAUGCCUCUUCUGCGCAAGAGGCUUUCCUCUCUUCUGAUCGUGACUCAAGUGGUGAAUCAGUUCACUGAGGUGGUGGUUCCUUUCCUGGUGGACCGUUUCCUCACAUCUGCAGACAGGAACCUGAAGGAAGAUGAUCCAGAGGUGGACCAUCUCCAGGCUCAGGGCAGUCUGCCGGCUUUCCCAGGCCUGUUUGCUGAGUACAUCGAGCUGCUGGUUCAGUUUGGCUACUUGAGCCUUUUCUCUUGUGUUUAUCCCAUCACUGCCCCUCUGUUACUGCUCAACAACCUCACAGAGAUCCGCACAGACGCCUACAAGCUCUGCAAGCUCUUCAACAAGCCCUUUUCGGCCCCUGUGCCUAACAUGGGUGUAUGGCAGACGGCGUUUGAGGUGCUGAGUUUCAUCUCAGUCAUGUCUAACUGUUGGCUGCUGCUUCUGUCGCCGCAUGUGAAGGAACUCACAGAGGACGCCGGUCUCAGCAGCAGCAAAGUUCUCAUCAUUGCCGUCAUUGUGGAGCAUGCCCUGAUCAUGGUGAAGAUGAUUUUGGCCUUCAUGAUCCCUGAUGAACCGGAUUGGGUCCGAAUCAAGAGAGAACAAAUCGAGUAUCACUCCAUGCAAGCGCUUAAAAAACAGAGGAUCAUGCGCUCUCAUGUGGAGGACAAAGUCCCUUUGAAGGCCUAAAUGGAAGAGUAACCAAAGACUAUUUCCAUAGAGACAAUCACAAGAAGGGCGGUGCUUGGCUAUAAAGUCAUACUUAGCUUGCUAAUAUAUCAUAUGGCACAGUGUACCAAAGAUAGCUUUUAUAGUUUACAGGGUGUUUCAGCCCAAGUUAAUAAUUGUUUGCAUCAGUGGUACCUUUUUGAAAACUACUGAAAAGAGAUUAUUAAGGUCAAGGGCGAUAAAAUUAUGAUAGUGGGUAAACAUGGUGACGUAUUGUGCUGUAUUAAUGAUUUUAAAACAAAAGUUCACCACAAUUACUAUGGAAUAGCUCAUUUAAUUAUUUUUUCUUGCUGUUGUUUUGUUUGUAUAUUUGUUUUUACCUGAUUUUUUUG